CAAUACGGAUAUUUUAAGUUUUUUAAACGUAUUGCUAGAAGUGAUAUGGCGUUGACUUUCAUACAAACUCAUGUACAAUGCUAAGGAAGGAGUCAUCACAACACAAAGCACAAUCUUAGAAGGUAUUUCUAAAGAUUUGUACGGAGAGCGCGGUGCGAGGUGCGAGUUGCGAGGUGCGCCCGCGCGCCGCUCUCUGUUCACUCACGGCGUGAAUGUUUUAAGAGGAGGGACAUAAUCACAAUGCCAACAAAAAUACAGCAGUACAGGGCCAGUCGCGGAGGGAGAGCGGAGCGCGCGUCCGGCCGCCGCAAGCGCUUACGCAAUGCACGCUCGCUUGCAGUCGGUAUAAGUGAUCUGGCUCACUUCUUUGUUUACUACCAACGUGUAUAACGAAUAUUGUGUCACAUUAGAAUACUAUGUAGGAGCGAUGCGAUAGUUAAUUAUAUGUCACAUUUCACAGUCUAGUCAUCGCGUGGAGUUGUGUGUUUCGUUGGAAUUUGUUUUUUUAUUAAUACAUAAGCAAUGGAGAAAGAAGCUGUUAAAAUGCUACAGUGUGAGGCAUCGGAGGGCAAUGGGAGUGUAGGGAAGAACGGGUUGAACGGCGAAGCGGGCGCCGAGAGGGCGGCGGAGCUCCUGGAGACGGAGGAGCAGCGGCGGGAGCGCUGGCGCAGCGUGUACGUGAUCUACUUCACCAUGUUCCAGAUGUCCCUCGGCUUUAGCAUUGCGCUCACCGGUGUGUGGCCCUACCUCGACAAGCUGGAGCCAGGAUCGAAGAAGGAAGUGCUAGGCUUGGCAGUAGGCGCGAACCCGCUAGGGCAAUUGUUAUUUUCCCCACUGUUGGGACUGUGGGCGAACCGCGCGAAGACCGCGCGCGCCCCCUUGCUCGCCACACUUGCGCUCUUCGUCGUCGCCUCCAUGCUGUACUCGCAGCUCCACCUCACCAGACCCUAUGCCAAGUAUUGGAUGGUGUUCGCGCGGUUCCUCAUCGGCGUUAGUUCAGCGAACAUCGCGGUGGCCCGGUCGUACCUGUCGGCGGCGACGCUGGUGAGCGAGCGGACGCGCGCGGUGGCGUGGGUGUCGCUGGCGCAGGUGCUGGGCUUCGUGGUGGGGCCCGCGCUGCAGGCGGCCGCCGCGCCGCUCGGGCCCGGCGCGCCCUACCCUCCGCCCGGCGACUACUCCGCGCCCUUCCGCCUCGAUAUGUACACCGCCGCCGGCUGGAUCAACGCGCUCCUCGGACUAGUUAAUUUCGUGCUAUUCCUGCCGUGGUGCUUCAAGGAGAGGACCAUAGCUGCGAGAGAAGCUAUGAUCGUGCACGGGAAGAAUUCAGAGAAGGAAGCCCUGAAGGAAAUGAAGCCGGACCUGGUGAGCAGCUGGACGCUGGUGGGCGCGUUCUUCGUGCUGGUGUUCAAUUUCGUGCUGCUGGAGACGCUCGCCACCAGCCUCACCAUGGACCAGUUCGCGUGGAGCAAGAAGCAGGCCCUCGAGUACAUGGGCGCGCUCAUGAGUGCUGGAGCUCUCGUCGCCUGCGCCACCUUCGCGCUCAUCGGCCCUCUUACUAAAGUCUUUGAAGAGAGUGAGUGGAGUAGUGCACCGGACUGCAGUGUGGUGGUGUGCUGUGCUGAAGGCACUGCUGUGCUGAAGGCGCUGCACGCCGGCUCCCAGCCGGUGCAGGCGACUAGCGCCGCUACACAUAAGCGGGUUGCCAUCGCAGGCAACAACACAUUGACACCCGGUAUCGAGACAAUACAGAGGGCUGCUGCUGUGGGGCGGGUUCCUGCUGACGGGGCUGGCGUCGGUGCUGUGCAUCCCGUGGGGGCCGGGCCCGCCGCCGGCCGCGCCGCCCGCACAGCUGGAGGCGGGCGGGGGAUGCCCUGCCACCACCCAGCCCUGGUGCCUCACCUCGCGGGCGCUCUCCGUCACGCAGUUCUUCCUCGGCUACGCAUGCAUCUCGGUCGGCUACUCGCUCGGCGUCACCUUGAUACAGACUAUCUUCUCGAAGGUGUUGGGUCCACGACCUCAGGGCGUGUGGAUGGGCGUGCUGACGGGCGCGGGCUGCGUGUCGCGCGCGCUGGGCCCGGUGUUCGUGUCGGCGGUGUACGCGCGCCACGGGCCCGACGCCACCUUCGGCUCCACGGCCGCGCUCACCUUCGCCGCGCUGCUCGCGCUGCGGCUCGUCUACGGCCGCCUGCGCCCGCCGCCCGCGCCCGCCGCCACCACCGCCACCACCGCCGCCGCCCGCGAGCUGCGCGUGCUGCGGAGCGAUGACGUCGAGGCGGACCCUGCGCGGUAGCCUACCACUCUUACUGUGAUAACCGUAUCCACACUUGACCACGUGACGGUUAACCGCUAAUAGUUGCUAACAUUUUAUACGAUUCCAAGAAAUAAAUAGCCUAUUUCAGAAUUUACAUCAAGCAUGACCGGUGUAACCAAAAAGUAAAUUGGUUAUUGGUAAAGAUUAUUUUACUCUGUGUUACAUAGAGAUGUUUAUAUGAAUAUUUUAUAAAUUAGGUUAGGUACAUAUUGGCUGUUAACCGUUGCAUAGAUUUGAGCUUAGUAAUACGAGACGUGACAUCAUGGGCUGAGCGUCCCUUCUAAACAAUGGUACAUUACUAUUGUCACUUGAAAUAGAGUACGACCAAGUAAUAUUGUGACUUCAAGUGAUUUUUCUGUUUAAUUAAAUAAGGCUUUUAAUUAUUAUUUCGGCAUUGACUUAUAAAAUAAAAAUAAAUAAGUUAUUUCGUAAAAGAUCGAAAAGAGCUAAUGCAAACAUGGUUGUUUGCCUUAGCUUUAUGGCACCAUUUCGAAAAGUAAUACAUAUAUUUAUAUUACUUUUCGUAUAGACUUGUACUAAAUGAAUUGUAAUAGGUAAUUUUUUGGUUCGAAUAGUUGAAUUUAGCUUCGACUACUUAUUACAAAUGCGUAUGGAAUUUGAAUAGUUCUACUAGCGGUAUUGAUAAGAAGCACACUUGCUCACUCGGCAUGACAGGUCACUGCCUGCUUCGCAUUUCUUUAUUCUAUUCUUCUCAUUGGCUCACAGCGUCACAGUCGUGGCUAGGUUUAGAUGAAUUAUGUGACUUUAAAUGUGAACAUUGUUACUAUUACCUAUCUAUAUAUAUUAUAUUAGAUUUAGUACGUUUAUUAAAUUUAUUUUCUGUAUUUUCAAGUAUUUUCUGCUCAAAACUAUUUUUGUCCUACAACUACGUAUUAUCUUGCAUAAAAACCUAUUUGUAAUACAUUCCUAUAUAUUAAAAUGUUCUUGGUAUUGUAACCAGUGCAUUAGAUUGUUGCAAGAACGUUUACGCUGUUCCUUUCAUUGACUAUGUCCUCUGCAGGUCAUUGCCCGCUAUUCUUUUCUUUAUCUGUUCAAUACAUCUGUCUAUUUGUCCAAUACAUUAUUAUGGAUUAAUACAGGAUCAAUUAUAAAGUGUUCUGCUAUUGUCAUAUACCACUUUAUCUUUUAAGAUACUUUCCUUCCUUCAGGAACGAUACGUCGUGCAUGUAGGUAUAUUGUAUGUACGAAGAUUUUACUGUGAAAGCUCAAGUUAUUAUAUAUCGUAACAUUUUCCUAUAAUACUAAGGUUCAUGUGGUAUGUACAUAUGGAGUAAUCGUUCCAAUUAUUGUUUUUAUCAACUCAUUUUAUUAAUACUUUCUAACAUUCGAGUUUUAUAGAUCAUUACGGUAUACCUGUACAGGUCGAAUUGUGAUUUUAUAAAAUAGUAACGCAUAGGGUUACACGCUACUAUUUAUCGUUGCAGUUCAAAUUGUCGUGACGACUUGUUGAGUGACUAAUGAAUCCACUAUUUAUUUAUCAAAAACAAGGAAUAUACAACACGAGUACAUUGAACUCUGCACUGUUGGAAGAUACGUUGAUCGACAAUGCAUAGCAAACAUAAUAUAAAAGUGCACACAUUAUAUUGUUGGAACGAGACGACAACGUCAGACGUCUUGUUCUAUUUUAUAAAUAUACCAUUAUUCUUUUUAUAAUAUCGAAUGUUAUGCAGAGCAGUUAGUGGAGUGCAAAUUUGAUGCUGUUUUAUGUAAUAUUUAUUUUACUAAUGUAUUAAUAUGUAAUCUGUUGCCUUGCUAAUAAAUAAACUAAAACGUUUACUAUUACAUUAAAUUAACUAAAUAUUUAUAAGGCUGGACAGUUUGGAUUGCAGCGUUAGAUGGUAAUAUGCUUUGUGUAAUCAUGAGGCACGUUAGGGAAGCAGCAGGAGCGGGCGAUAGGAAUGUCUUCUCAAUAGUACAGCAGUAGGUGUGCAGGUAAUAGUGUAAUAUGCGAACAUACAGUGGUGAUAAGUACUGUAACCGUCUUAUCGAAUUAAAGUCGUAGCUAUCUUAUCUGGUUAUAGUUGAGUAAGUUUUAAUGCUAUACGUAAUAACCAUACCGUAUCGGUGUCUGGAUUAAUUUUAAGAGAGUUUAAUUAUGUACGUUUAUAUAUUAGUAAGUAUAAAGAUAUUGUGAUAAGUCGUGAUGCCACUAGUAACCAUAAGACUGAAUGUUUUAUACUUAGGGAUACAAUACACACAGCAAAUAGUUAUUGUCAUAUUUGGAUUAAUUUAACUUUAGACAUAAUUUUUACUAUUUGUAUCGGAUAUGUUCAUUUAAAUAUAAUUAAAAAUAAAACGAUAAGCAUAAAACAGCAGUGUAUAUUUAAAAACAUUGUAAUAAAUUACGUCAUUAUUUUUAUAAAUUUACAAUAAUAAAAAUGGAAUUUAA